GCCUCAUCCGACGUGGUCCUCGGGCGCGCCUCUAGACAAUCAACGUGGUACCAUCCGCGCAGUCUGGAAUACAUCUGAAUAUAAAAGCUCGCCAUACGUCUACGCCACGCCUAACGACGGAACGCCCCAUCGCUUGACGCUGCCAUGUUGCUGGACGUAAAGCGAAAAUUGUUUUCGCGCUCGGAUCGCGUCAAAGGAGUUGACUUCCAUCCUACCGAGCCGUGGCUGCUCACCGGGCUGUACAAUGGUACCGUCAACAUCUACAACCGCGAGACGGGUGCCCUCCUCAAGACCUUCGAGGUUUCCGAGGUGCCAGUACGAUGUGUUCGUUUCAUCGCGCGCAAAAACUGGUUUGUGGCCGGCUCGGACGACUUUCAGCUGCGUGUCUUCAACUACAACACGCACGAGAAGGUUCACGCCUUCGAAGCCCACCCAGAUUACAUCCGAUGCUUGACCGUGCAUCCGACCGCGAGCAUUGUGCUCACUGGUAGCGAUGACAUGACGAUCAAAGCCUGGGACUGGGAAAAGAACUGGAAAUGCGUGCAGGUCUACGAAGGCCACACUCACUAUAUCAUGAACAUCGCCGUCAAUCCGAAGGACGGGAACACAUUUGCCUCCUCUUGUUUAGACCGCACUGUGAAGAUGUGGUCUCUCGGCUCUCCUCACGCCAACUUUACUAUGGAGGCGCACGAGAAGGGCACCAACUUCGUGGAGUUCUAUCCUGGCGCUGACAAGCCUUACCUCGUCACCACGGGUGAUGACAAAACCAUCAAAAUCUGGGACUAUUUGUCCAAGAGCUGCGUACAGACCAUGGCCAGUCACACGCACAACGUGUCCUUUGCGGUGUUCCAUCCCAAUUUACCGAUCAUCGUUAGCGGGAGCGAAGAUGGCACAGUUAAAAUAUGGAACAGCGGCACAUACAGAUUGGAGAACACACUCAGCUAUGGCUUGGAGCGGGCGUGGUGCGUCGCAUUGCGCAAGGAUGCGAACGAGGUGGCGGUAGGCUUUGACGAGGGUGUAGUGGUCAUCAAGCUCGGCAGGGACGAGCCGACCUACAGCAUGGACCCAUCGGGAAAGCUGAUCUAUACCCGCAACCAGGAAGUCCUCUUGGCCAAUCUCGCUACUUUGUCAGAGGACGCCGCUCCAGAGGGUUCUCGCGUGCCUAUAUCGGCCAAAGAACUGGGAUCAACGGAGCUGUUCGCUGCCCAGAUCCUGCAUUCCCCCAACGGUCGCUUCGUCGCUGUUGUUGGCGAUGGCGAGUACAUAGUGUACACGGCACUCGCUUGGCGGAAUAAAUCGUUUGGCACCGGCAGCGGAUUCGCAUGGGCGGGGGAUAGCAAUACGUACGCGGUUCUCGAGGGGAAAACCAAGAUCCGGAUGUACAAAAACUUCAAGGAACGUGCGGGUGCCGGGAUGAAAGGUGCCGGUAGCUGGAGUAUUGAGGGCAUAUAUGGCGGACCCUUGCUGGCGGCACGCGGCCCGGGUUUCGUGAUGUUUUGGGAUUGGGAGAGCGGAGAGGUAGUAAGGCGGAUCGACGUCGAUGCACGGGGAGUGUAUUGGAGCACGAGCGGAACUUUGGUGACGAUUACGACGGAAGAUGGCUUUUUCGUUCUGCGCUUUGACAGGGAAGCAUAUGAUAAUGCUGUCUCCGGAGGAGCGGACGUCGGCGACGAGGGUGUAGAAGAGGCAUUCGAUGUCGUGGCAGAGAUUUCCGAGAGUGUCAAGACAGCAAAAUGGAUCGGAGAUUGCUUCAUUUACACAACAGGAGGAAACCGACUCAACUACGUCGUUGGGACGGAAUCGGACAGUAUAACACAAUUCGAUGCCCCUAUGUAUCUGCUCGGAUACAUCCCUGCUCACAACCGAGUCUAUGUAGCGGACAAGAACAUGAACGUCUACGGCUUCAUGCUGUCUCUUAGCCUGGUCGAGUACCAGACAGCAGUCCUUCGAGGCGAUAUGGAUGCUGCUGCCGAGAUAUUGCCCCAGAUUCCGAAGGAGCAGCGCAAUCGCGUUGCGCGUUUUCUUGAAAGCAGAGGUCACAAACAGCUUGCUCUUGAGGUUACGACCGACCCAGACCACAAGUUUGAUCUUUCACUACAGCUUGACGAUCUGGAUUCCGCGAUCGCGAUCACGCGUACAGUCCCCGAACAAGAAGCUGAACUCAAGUGGAAGCAGCUCGGAGACCGCGCCUUGACAAUCUGGCGAUUUGAUCUCGCAAAAGAGUGCUUCGAGAAAGCGAAUGACCUAGGCGCGCUCAUGCUGCUGUACCUUUCAAUCGGCGAUCGCGCAGGUUUGACAAAGCUAGCCAAGAAGGCAGAGGAAAAGGGCGAGAAUAACCUUGCGUUUGCGACUCUAUUCCAAUUGGGCGAUGCGAAAGCAUGCACGGAGCUCCUUAUAAAAACCGGCCGGCAACCCGAGGCUGCGUUAUUUGCCCGGACAUAUGCCCCCAGUCAAGCUGCAGCGGCGACAGACGCAUGGAAAUCCGAGCUCAAAUCCAAGAAUCGUUCAAAGAUAGCCGCGAGCAUCGCGUCGCCGGCCGAGAACGAGGAUAUCUUUGAGGAGGGAUGGGCAGAUGCACUAUCUCGGGAGGAGGCGAUUCAUGCAAAGACCAAUGGAACGUCAGACGUCAUCUCCGAAGCCGCAGCAUCGUCAGGCGAGGAGGCAUGAACGAGGAGGCCGCGAUCUGUAUUCACUGGCUUGAUGCCGCAAAUGUUCCCUUCAGUAGCGUUUUGUAGAGUGUAAUGGAUUUUAUUG